AUGGGCUACAACGGAUUAUUUGCCAGCAACCCCGCGGGUUGUCUGGUUUUGUUUCUUUUAUUCCUGCCUGCUUCCUUUGGAGACGUGAGCUAUUCUAUUCCCGAGGAAAUGAAGCGCGGGCAUGUCAUUGGGAAUAUAGCGAAGGAUCUCGCCGUGGACCUGAAAGGUCUGUCAUCUCGGAAAGCCCGUAUAGAUACAGAGGAUAGUAUGAAGCGGUAUUGUGACAUUAAUUUGAAUAGUGGUGAUCUGGUUGUCGCUGAAAGGAUGGACCGGGAACAGCUCUGUGGUCAGAAGCCUUCGUGCACUUUAUACCACGAGCUCGUACUGGAGAAUCCAUUGGAGCUGCACCGUAUUGCUUUUAAAAUAGAAGACAUUAAUGACAACAACCCAAGAUUUCCCAAAGAUAUUUUCUUGCUGGAAAUAAGAGAGUCUGCCGUUCGAGGGGCUCGUUUUCCCCUAGAUGAGGCCCACGAUGCGGAUAUAGGACAGAACGCGGUACAAAGCUACUCACUACAAAGGAAUGAUCAUUUUGUUCUGGCUGUCCAUACAAACACAGAUGGUGGAAAAUACGGUGAGUUAGUUUUAGAAAAAGAGCUAGAUCGUGAGGAACAGCAGGGGGUUACAUUAAUACUUACUGCUUCUGACGGAGGGACUCCUCAGAGAUCUGGUUCUGUAGUUAUACAGGUUACUGUGCUGGAUGCUAACGAUAAUAUCCCCGUGUUUAGCCAGGCUGUUUAUACCGUCAGUCUCCCUGAAAAUUCUCCUUUGGGUACAGCUGUGGUUACAGUCAGCGCAAAUGAUGCAGACGAGGGUGCCAAUGGCCAAGUGACAUACGAGUUUAGCCGUACAUCUGAAAAUGCAGGAAAAUUGUUCACAAUUGAUGCUAAUACGGGCAUAAUUACUCUGAUUGGACAAAUAGAUUUUGAAGAAGAGUCGAAUUACGAAAUGCGAAUACAAGCAAAAGAUGGUUCGGGUUUAGCCUCUUAUACGAAGGUAAUUAUAGAAAUCAGUGACGUGAAUGACAACGCACCAGUGAUAGUUCUUAAAUCUCUGAACAAUCCCAUCCCCGAGAAUGCAAUACCUGGCACAGAGGUGGGCAUCAUUAAUGUUCAGGAUAAAGAUUCAGGGGAAAAUCGACAGGUCCGCUGCUCCAUUCAGCAAAAUGUUCCUUUGAAAUUAGUCCCCUCUAUCAAAAAUUAUUACUCACUGGUAACUACAGGCGAUCUUGACCGGGAAGUGCUGUCUGCUUACAACAUAACAAUUACUGCUACAGACGAGGGCUCCCCUCCGUUGUCUUCCUCAAAAACUGUGCAGUUAUCUGUAUCAGACGUGAAUGACAACCCGCCUUUGUUUGAUGAGCAGUCAUACAGCGCCUAUGUGACUGAAAAUAACAAACCCGGCACCGCUGUUAUUUCUGUACGGGCGAGGGACCCGGACUGGAGACAGAACGGAAGCGUAUUCUAUUCUUUGUUAUCCAGUGACGUCAGUGGUGUCCCUGUGUCCUCUUUUCUAUCGAUGAAUGGAGACACGGGGGUGAUCAAUUCCGUAAGAUCAUUUGAUUAUGAGCAGUUUAGGAGCUUCAAAGUGCUGGUGGUUGCCAGAGACAACGGUUCCCCCCCACUCAGUAGUAACGUGACAGUGAGUGUGUUCAUAACAGAUGAGAAUGAUAACUCACCACAGAUACUGUAUCCUACGCCUCUUGGGAACUCCUUCAUGACAGAGAUGGUACCCAAAGCUGCACAUGCGGGCUCCCUGGUUUCCAAGGUGAUCGCUGUGGAUGCAGACUCUGGACAGAACGCCUGGCUAUCCUAUCAGAUCCUGAAAUCUACUGAUCCGGGACUUUUCACCAUUGGUCUCCACAGCGGCGAGAUCAGGGCACAGAGGGAUAUUUCGGAAUCUGAUUCCAUGAAGCAGAACCUUGUUAUAUUGGUGAAGGACAACGGACAACCUUCUCUCUCUACAACAUGCCCAGUUUAUUUGCUCAUCUCUGAUAAUUUGGCAGAGGUUCCAGAUUUGAAAGAAAUGUCUGAUGCGGGCAACAAUUCAAAACUAACAUCCUAUUUAUUAAUUUCCCUGGUCUCCGUUUCCACCUUCUUUCUGACGUUCAUCAUUCUCGUCGUGGCUGUAAGACUUUGCCGUAGACGAAAGCCCAGAUUGUUGUUUGAUAGCGCAGUGGCAGUGCCCAGCGCAUAUUUCCCUCCAAACUACGCAGAUGUGGAUGGAACUCUCAGAAGUUCUUGCAAUUAUGACACUUACCUAACAACCGGCUCACGUACCAGCGACUUCAAGUUCGUUAGCUCUUACAAUGACGUCACACUGCCCACUCAGCAUACGUUGAGGAGAAGCCCUAAUGAAGCUGACGGUGUGACAGAGGACAUUGACAAGUGCGCAAGUCUGGCGUGCUUUUUUAUUAUUUUUCUCGUUGCCGUGCCUACGUGCUUUGCAGAUGUAAGCUAUUCGAUUCCAGAGGAGAUGAAACGUGGAACCGCCAUUGGAAAUAUUGCGAAGGAUCUGGGUGUGGAUGUUGACACUCUCAGGGCUCGCAAAGCCCGUAUUGAUACCGAAGGUAGUCGCCGACGGUACUGCGACAUUGACCUGAAUUCUGGCGAUUUGGUUGUGUCUGAAAGGAUCGACAGAGAAGAGAUAUGCGGUGAGAAGAUCACCUGUCAGCUGAAAUAUGCGGUUGUACUGGAGGAUCCUUUGGAGUUGCAUCGCAUUGCACUUCAAAUUCAGGAUAUAAAUGACAACUCGCCUCGAUUUCCGAAGGAUAUCAUCCGACUAGAAAUUAGAGAGUCUGCGAUUAAAGGUGCUCGCUUUCCAGUGAAUGAGGCCCACGACGCGGAUAUAGGACAGAACGCGGUACAAAGCUACACACUACAAAGGAAUGAUAAUUUUGUUUUGGUUGUGCAUACGAACAGAGAGGGAAGGAAAUACGGAGAGUUGGUAUUAGAAAAAGAGCUGGAUCGUGAGGAACAGCAAGAGGUUACAUUAUCACUUUCUGCUGCUGACGGAGGGACUCCACAGAGAUCCGGUACUGUAGUUAUUCACAUCACUGUGCUUGAUGCAAACGAUAAUAUUCCUGUGUUUAGCCAGGCCGUUUAUACAGCCAAUCUGCCAGAAAAUUCCCCUUUAGGUGUUGUAGUGCUCACUGUCAGUGCCACUGAUGCAGAUGAGGGACCGAACGGGGAGGUGACGUAUGAAUUUAGUCACAUAUCAGACAAAGCGAAAAGGCUGUUCUCUGUUGACCAGAACAAUGGCGACAUUGUCGUCACAGGACCAAUUGAUUAUGAAGAAGAGUUCACAUAUGAAAUGCGUAUUGAAGGGAAAGACAGGGCAGGACUGACAUCACAGGCUAAAGUGAUUAUUGAAAUAACUGAUGCGAACGACAAUGCCCCCGCCAUAGCUUUAAAAUCGCUCAACAAUCCUAUCCCCGAAAGCGCAUUAACUGGCACAGAGGUGGGCAUCAUUCAUGUUCAGGAUGAAGACUCGGGAAAAAAUCAACAGGUCCGCUGCUCUAUCGAGCAACACGUUCCUUUCAAGUUGGUCCCCUCAAUCAAAAAUUAUUACUCGCUGGUAACUACAGGAGAACUAGACCGUGAAGUGGUCGCUGAAUACAACAUUACCAUCACAGCUAUCGACGAGGGUUCCCCGCCACUUUCUUCCUCAAAAACUGUGCAGUUAUCUGUGUCAGACGUAAAUGACAACGCGCCUGCAUUUGACGAGCAGGUCUACAGUGCUUAUGUGACUGAGAAUAACAAACCGGGUACCUCUGUCAUUUCUGUGAGGGCGAGAGACCCGGACUGGCGGCAGAACGGGACGGUUUUCUAUUCUCUCUUGUCCAGUGAGGUCAGUGGUGUUCCUGUGUCCUCGUUUCUAUCCAUUAAUGGAGACACCGGAGUGAUCCACGCUGUCAGAUCGUUUGAUUAUGAGCAGUUCAGAAGCUUCAAAGUGCAGGUCGUUGCCAGAGACAACGGUUCCCCUCCACUCAGCAGCAACGUGACAGUGAGUGUGUUCAUAACAGAUGAGAAUGAUAACUCUCCACAGAUAUUAUAUCCUGCACCACAAGGGAACACAUUCAUGACAGAGAUGGUUCCCAAAGCUAGUCAGGCGGGCUCUUUGGUUUCCAAGGUGAUCGCCGUGGAUGCAGACUCUGGACAGAACGCUUGGCUGUCCUAUCAGAUCCUGAAACCAACCGAUCCAGGACUCUUCGCCAUUGGCCUCCACAGUGGAGAGAUCAGAGUACAGCGGGACAUUUCUGAAUCUGAUACGAUGAAGCAAAGUCUUGUUAUCUUAGUGAAAGAUAACGGAAAACCUCCUCUAUCAACAACCUGCUCAAUAUAUUUACUGAUUUCGGAUAACUUGGCAGACGUUCCAGAGUUGAAAGAUACGUCAUAUUUGGAGAACAGUUCGAAAUUAACUUCUUAUUUAAUUAUUUCUUUGGUUUCUGUUUCCACCUUCUUCCUGGGGUUCAUUAUUCUCAUCGUGGCCGUGAGGUUGUGCCGCAGAAGAAACCCCAAACUGUUGUUUGAUGGCGCAGUGGCAAUCCCAAGUGCAUAUUUCCCUCCCAAUUACGCAGAUGUGGACGGAGCAGGAACUCUCCGCAGUUCUUACAAUUAUGACACUUACUUAACAACAGGCUCACGAACGAGCGACUUCAAGUUCGUAAACUCUUACAAUGACGUCACAUUGCCCGCGCAGCAGACGUCGAGAGAGAGCCCUAACGAAGGUAAUGGACAGAAAUGGACCGCAGAUAAUUCAUCCAAAUGCUCAACUCUGAUGGGUUACAGUUCGUUUUCUCUGAACAACCUCAUGCACUGUGCAUUUCUCAUUAUUUUCAUCUUGCCUACGUCGCAUGGAGAUGUGAGCUAUUCUAUUCCGGAGGAGCUGAAACGCGGAUCUGUUAUUGGAAAUAUAGCAAAAGAUCUCGGUGUUGACGUUACUGGCUUUUCCAACCGCAAAGCCCGUAUUGAUACUGAAGGUAGCCGCCGACGUUAUUGCGACAUUAAUCUGAAUUCUGGCGAUUUGAUUGUGUCUGAAAGGAUUGACAGAGAAACGCUUUGUGGACAGAAGAGCUCAUGCGCCUUGAGCUAUGAGCUUGUUUUGGAGAAUCCUCUAGAAUUGCAUCGUAUAUCGCUUCAUAUUCAAGAUGUUAAUGACAAUUCGCCUCAGUUUAAAAAUGACCUUAUCAGGUAUGAAAUGAGCGAAUCAGCCGACAAAGGAGCUCGCUUCCUCUUAGAUGAGGCCCACGAUGCGGAUAUUGGAAAGAACGCGGUCCAAAGCUAUAUGCUACAAGAAAAUCAUCAUUUUGUUUUGGCUGUUCAUUCGAACACGGACGGUGGAAGAUACGGCGAGUUAGUAUUAGAAAAAGAAUUGGAUCGUGAAGAACAACAGGAGGUAACGUUAUUACUUACCGCAGUUGACGGAGGGACUCCACAGAGAUCAGGUACUGCAGUUAUACAGGUUACUGUGCUGGAUGCUAAUGAUAAUAUCCCCGUUUUUAGCCAGGCCCUGUACACAGUCAAUCUGCCUGAGAACUCUCCUUUAGGGACUGUAGUGGCUACGGUCAGCGCCACCGAUGCAGAUGAGGGAGCAAAUGGUGAAGUGACAUACGAAUUUGCUCGCGUUUCGGACCAAGAAAUGAAAUUGUUUUCACUUGAUCCACAUACUGGACAAAUUGUGGUCACAGGAGCGAUGGAUUUCGAAGAAGAGUCCACAUAUGAAAUGAGAAUCCAAGCAAAAGAUGGGUCCGGAUUGGCUUCUCUAGCUAAAGUCAUUAUCGAAAUCACUGAUGUGAAUGACAAUGCACCGGUUAUAUUUCUUAAAUCUCUGAACAAUCCAAUCCCCGAGAGCGCGUUACCUGGGACGGAGGUAGGGAUUAUUAAUAUCCAAGACAAAGACUCCGGGACAAAUCGAAGGUUACAGUGUUCCAUUCAGCAACAUGUACCUUUCAAGUUAAUUCCCUCGAUCAAAAAUUACUACUCACUGGUAACUACAGGAGAACUAGACCGUGAGGUUCUAUCUGACUACAACAUUACAAUUGUUGCAACGGAUGAGGGCUCUCCACCGUUAUCGUCCUCAAAAACUGUGCAGCUAUCUGUGUCUGAUGUAAAUGACAACGCGCCUGCAUUUGACGAGCAGGUCUACAGUGCCUAUGUGACUGAGAAUAACAAACCCGGGUCUUCUGUUAUUUCUGUAAAAGCGAGAGACCCAGACUGGAGACAGAACGGAACAGUUUUCUAUUCUCUCUUGUCCAGUGAGGUCAGUGGUGUUCCCAUGUCUUCGUUUCUAUCCAUUAACGGAGACACCGGAGUGAUCCAUGCAGUGAGAUCGUUUGACUAUGAGCAGUGCAGAAGCUUCAAAGUGCAGGUCGUUGCCAGAGACAACGGUUCCCCUCCUCUUAGUAGCAAUGUGACAGUGAGUGUGUUCAUAACAGACGAGAAUGAUAACUCACCACAAAUACUGUAUCCUGCGCCUCUGGGGAAUUCCUUCAUGACCGAGAUGGUUCCCAAAGCUGCUCACUCAGGCUCCCUGGUUUCCAAAGUAAUCGCUGUGGAUGCAGACUCUGGACAGAACGCCUGGCUGUCCUAUCAGAUCCUGAAAUCUACUGAUCCGGGUCUUUUCACCAUUGGUCUCCACAGUGGAGAGAUCAGGGCGCAGCGGGACAUUUCUGAAUCGGACUCCAUGAAACAGAACCUUGUUGUAUCAGUGAAGGAUAAUGGACGGCCCUCUCUCUCUACCACAUGCUCUGUGUAUUUAUUGAUUUCAGAUAACUUGGCAGAAGUUCCAGAGCUGAAAGAUAAGAUUUAUGAGGAAAACAAUUCCAAAUUAACGUCAUAUUUGAUCAUCGCACUGGUGUCCGUCUCUACCUUUUUUCUUACUUUCAUUAUUUUGAUUGUGGUCGUGAAGUUUUGCCGAAGACGAAAGCCCAGACUGUUGUUUGACGGCGCAGUGGCCAUUCCCAGCGCAUAUUUUCCUCCCAACUACGCGGAAGUAGAUGGUGCAGGAACUUUACGGAGUUCUUACAAUUACGACACGUACUUAACGACUGGCUCACGCACCAGUGACUUUAAGUUCGUCAGAUCUUACAACGAUUCCACGAUCCCCAUCGGUCAGACCCUGAAGCGGAGUCCAAACGAAACAACAGUGGAGGCCGACCUCGCGUACUGUAUGGUUUUCUUUCUUCUCUUCCUGCCUGCUUCCUUUGGAGACGCGAGCUAUUCCAUUCCGGAGGAGAUGAAACGCGGGUCAGUUAUUGGAAAUAUUGCAAAAGAUCUCGGUGUGGAUGUCCAAAGCCUGUCUCGUCGUAAAGCUCGCAUAGAUACUGAAGGUAGCAGCCGAUGUUAUUGCGAUAUUAAUCAGAAUUCUGGCAAUUUGAUUGUGUCUGACAGGAUUGACAGAGAAGCGCUUUGUGGACAGAAGGCUUCAUGUGUUUUAAAAUGUGAGAUUCUACUUGAGAAUCCUCUAGAAUUACAUCGGAUAUUGCUUCACAUUAACGAUAUUAAUGACAACUCCCCGCAGUUUACCAAUGAUGUUAUUGAGCUAGAAAUAACAGAAUCGGCGGACAAAGGUGCCCGUUUCCCAUUAGACGAGGCACACGACGCGGAUAUAGGACAGAACGCGGUCCAAAGCUACACAUUACAAAGGAAUGAUAAUUUUGUUUUGACUGUUAAUACAAAUACAGCCGGGGGAAAAUACGGCGAAUUGGUGUUAGAAAAAGAGUUGGACCGUGAAGAACAACGGGAGGUUACAUUAUUACUUACUGCUGCUGACGGAGGGACUCCACAGAGAUCUGGUACUGUGGUUAUACAUGUUACUGUGUUGGAUGCUAACGAUAACAUCCCCGUGUUUAGCCAGGACGUGUAUAAGGUCAGCCUGUCAGAAAAUUCUCCUUUAGGUACUGUGGUGGUUACAGUCAGCGCCACUGAUGCAGACGAGGGACCUAAUGGCGAUGUGACGUAUGAAUUCGGCCGUGUUCCAGGCGAAGUAAUGAAACUAUUUUCCCUCGACCGCAAAACAGGUCAGAUUAAAGUAAAUGGACAAAUCAAUUUUGAAGAAGAGUCAAACUAUGAAAUACGAAUUCAAGCAAAAGACGGGUCAGGAUUAGUAUCUUAUUCUUCUGUUAACAUAGAAAUCACCGAUGUGAAUGACAACGCCCCGAAAAUAUUUCUGAAAUCUCUGAACAAUCCCAUUCCUGAAAAUGUGUCUCCUGGAACAGAGGUGGGCAUAAUUAAUGUGCAGGAUAAAGACUCCGGGGCAAAUCGACAAGUGAGCUGCUCCAUUCAACAAAAUGCCCCUUUCAAGUUAGUGCCCUCCAUCAAAAAUUACUACUCACUGGUAACUACUGGAGAGCUCGACCGUGAGGUUGUGUCUUACUACAACAUUACAAUUGUUGCGACUGAUGAGGGCUCUCCACCAUUAUCUUCCUCCGAAACUGUCCGGCUAUCUGUUUCUGAUGUAAAUGACAAUCCGCCUAUGUUUGACGAGCAGUCAUACAGCGUCUAUGUGGCUGAAAAUAACAAAGCCGGCACCUCUGUUAUUUCAGUAAAAGCGAGAGACCCAGACUGGAGACAGAACGGGACAGUUUCCUAUUCUCUCUUGUCCAGUGAGGUCAGUGGUGUUCCCAUGUCUUCGUUUCUAUCCAUUAAUGGAGACACCGGAGUGAUCCAUGCAGUGAGAUCGUUUGACUAUGAGCAGUGCAGAAGCUUCAAAGUGCAGGUCGUUGCCAGAGACAACGGUUCCCCUCCUCUUAGUAGCAAUGUGACAGUGAAUGUGUUCAUAACAGACGAGAAUGAUAACUCACCACAGAUACUGUAUCCUGCGCCUCUGGGGAAUUCCUUCAUGACCGAGAUGGUUCCCAAAGCUGCUCACUCAGGCUCCCUGGUUUCCAAAGUAAUCGCUGUGGAUGCAGACUCUGGACAGAACGCCUGGCUGUCCUAUCAGAUCCUGAAAUCUCCUGAUCCGGGUCUUUUCACCAUUGGUCUCCACAGUGGAGAGAUCAGGGCGCAGCGGGACAUUUCUGAAUCGGACUCCAUGAAACAGAACCUUGUCAUCUCAGUGAAGGAUAAUGGACGGCCCUCUCUCUCUACCACAUGCUCUGUGUAUUUAUUGAUUUCAGAUAACUUGGCAGAAGUUCCAGAGCUGAAAGAUAAGAUUCAUGAGGAAAACAAUUCCAAACUAACGUCUUAUUUGAUAAUCGCACUGGUCUCCGUCUCUACAUUUUUUCUUACUUUCAUUAUUUUGAUUGUGGUUGUGAAGUUUUGCCGAAGACGAAAGCCCAGACUGUUGUUUGAUGGCGCAGUGGCCAUUCCCAGCGCAUAUUUUCCUCCCAACUACGCGGAAGUAGAUGGUGCAGGAACUUUACGGAGUUCUUACAAUUAUGACACGUACUUAACGACUGGCUCACGCACCAGUGACUUUAAGUUCGUCAGAUCUUACAACGAUUCCACGAUCCCCAUUGGUCAGACCCUGAAGCGGAGUCCAAAUGAAACAACCGUGGAGGCAGACCUCGCGUACUGUAUGGUUUUCUUUCUUCUCUUCCUGCCUGCUUCAUUUGGAGACAUGAGCUAUUCCAUUCCGGAGGAAAUGAAACGCGGGUCUGUUAUUGGAAAUAUUGCAAAAGAUCUCGGUGUGGAUGUUCAAAGCCUGUCUCGUCGUAAAGCUCGCAUAGAUACUGAAGGUAGUACCCGAUGUUAUUGUGACAUUAAUCUGAAUUCUGGCGAUUUGAUUGUGUCUGACAGGAUUGACAGAGAAGCGCUUUGUGGACAGAAGGCUUCAUGCGCGUUAAAAUGUGAGAUUGUACUGGAGAAUCCUCUGGAAUUACAUCGGAUAUUGCUUCAUGUUACCGAUAUUAAUGACAACUCACCGCAGUUUACCAAUGAUGUUAUUGAGCUAGAAAUCAGAGAAUCGCCAUACAAAGGCGCCCGUUUCCCGUUAGACGAGGCCCACGACGCGGAUAUAGGACAGAACGCGGUCCAAAGCUACACAUUAGAAAGGAAUAAUCAUUUUGUUUUAACUGUAAAUAAAAAUACAGCCAGAGGUAAAUAUGGAGAAUUGGUGUUAGAAAAAGAGUUGGACCGUGAAGAACAACGGGAGGUUACAUUAUUACUUACUGCUGCUGACGGAGGGACUCCACAGAGAUCUGGUACUGUGGUUAUACAUGUUACUGUUUUGGAUGCUAACGAUAACAUCCCCGUGUUUAGCCAGGACGUGUAUAAGGUCAGCCUGUCAGAAAAUUCUCCUCUAGGUACCUUGGUGGUAACAGUCAGCGCCACUGAUGCAGACGAGGGACCUAAUGGCGAUGUGACGUAUGAAUUCGGCCGUGUUCCAGGCGAAGUAAUGAAACUAUUUUCCCUCGACCGCAAAACAGGUCAAAUUAAAGUAAAUGGAGAGAUAGAUUUUGAAGAAGAGUCAAACUAUGAAAUACGGAUUCAAGCAAAAGAUGGGCCAGGAUUAGUAUCUUAUUCCUCAGUGAACAUAGAAAUCACCGAUGUGAACGACAACGCCCCGAAAAUAUUUCUGAAAUCUCUGAGCAAUCCCAUUCCUGAAAAUGUGUCUCCUGGAACAGAGGUGGGCAUAAUUAAUGUGCAGGAUAAAGACUCCGGGGCAAAUCGACAAGUGAGCUGCUCCAUUCAACAAAAUGCCCCUUUCAAGUUAGUGCCCUCCAUCAAAAAUUAUUACUCACUGGUAACUACUGGAGAGCUCGACCGUGAGGUUGUGUCUUACUAUAACAUUACAAUUGUUGCAACUGACGAGGGCUCUCCAACAUUAUCGUCCUCUGAAACCGUGCAGUUAUCUGUGUCAGAUGUAAAUGACAACCCGCCUAUGUUUGCGGUGAAGUCAUACAGCGUCUAUGUAGCUGAAAAUAACAAACCCGGGACCUCUGUUAUUUCAGUAAAAGCGAGAGACCCAGACUGGAGACAGAACGGAUCAGUGUCAUAUUCUCUGUUGUCCAGUGAUGUAAAUGGAGUUCCCGUGUCCUCAUUUUUGUCAAUUAACGGAGACACCGGAGUGAUCCACGCAGUGAGAUCAUUUGAUUAUGAGCAGUUCAGAAGCUUCAAAGUGCAGGUCGUUGCCAGAGACAACGGUUCCCCUCCACUUAGCAGCAAUGUGACAGUGAGUGUGUUCAUAACAGACGAGAAUGAUAACUCUCCACAGAUAUUAUACCCUGCUACGCAAGGCAAUUCCUUAAUGACUGAGAUUGUUCCCAAAGCUGUUUCCGCCGGAUCCCUCGUUUCCAAGGUGAUCGCUGUGGAUCCAGACUCUGGACAAAACGCAUGGCUAUCUUAUCAGAUUGUGAAAUCAACUGAUCCGGGACUUUUCACCAUUGGUCUCCACAGCGGAGAGAUCAGGGCGCAGCGGGACAUUUCUCAGUCUGAUGCCACGAAACAGAACCUCGUUGUUUCAGUGAGAGAUAACGGACAACCAGCUCUCUCUAUAACAUGCACGGUGUAUUUGCUCGUUUCAGAUAACUUGGCAGAAGUUCCAGAGUUGAAAGACAUGUCAUAUGAAGAGAACAAUUCCAAAUUAACUUCAUAUUUAAUUAUUGCAUUGGUUUCCGUUUCUACCGUCUUCCUCACGUUCAUUAUUGUAAUCGUGGCCGUGAGGUAUUGCUACAGAAGGAAACCCAUAAUGUUUGACGGUGCAGUGGCCAUUCCCAGCGCGUAUUUCCCUCCCAACUACGCAGAGGUGGACGGGACAGGCACUCUUCGUGGCUCCUACAACUAUGACACGUAUUUAACAACGGGUUCACGGACCAGCGACUUCAAGUUCGUCACCUCGUACAAUGAUGUCAUAACCCCAUCAGAUCAGACUCUGAAGAGGAGUCCAAAUGAAAGCAAUGUUGAGAGGGACAUCACUGGGCCUGGAUCCAAAUUGAACGAGGCCGUGUGUAAUAGUUCUAGCGAUUUAAGCAUUGAAGUACAAUUCAUCUCGGGUUUAGAUUGGAUCAUGAUCUACAAGAGAGUUUCUGUGAACAGCUCGACGUGCUGUUUGGUUUUCUUUCUUUUCGCCCUGCCUGCUUGCUUUGGAGAUGUGAGCUAUUCCAUUCCGGAGGAAAUGAAACAUGGAUCUGUUAUUGGGAAUAUAGCGAAGGACCUUGGUCUGGAUGUAAAACACCUCUCUUCUCGCAAAGCUCGCGUAGAUGCUGAAGGCAGUCGACGACGUUAUUGCGACAUUAAUCUAAAUUCUGGCGAUUUAACUGUGUCCGACAGGAUAGACAGAGAAGCGCUUUGUGGACAGAAGGCUUCAUGCGCUUUAAAAUGUGAGCUUGUGUUGGAGAAUCCUCUGGAAUUACACCGUAUAUCGCUUCAUAUUCAAGACAUUAAUGACAACCCGCCACAAUUCGGAAAUGAUAUAAUUACACUGGAAAUUAGGGAAUCUGCAGACAAAGGAGCUCGAUUCCUCUUAGACGAGGCCCACGAUGCGGAUAUAGGACAGAACGCGGUCCAAAGCUACUCGCUACAAACAAAUGAUCAUUUUGUUUUGGCUGUCCUUACGAACGCAGACGGGGGGAAAUACGGUGAGUUGGUAUUAGAAAAAGAGCUGGACCGCGAAGAACAGCAAGAGGUAACGUUAUUACUUACAGCUGCUGACGGAGGGACUCCCCAGAAAUCCGGUACUGUAGUUAUACAAGUCACUGUACUGGAUGCUAAUGAUAAUAUUCCUGUCUUUAGCCAGGCCGUUUAUAAGGUCAGCCUGCCUGAAAAUGCUCCUUUAGGAGCUGCAGUUGUGACGGUCAGCGCCACUGAUGCAGAUGAUGGAGCAAAUGGCGAAGUGACGUAUGAUUUCGGUCGUGUUUCAGAGGAAGUAAAUAGAUUAUUUUCGCUGGACCGUAAAACAGGGGAGAUAAGGCUGAAAGGUUCUAUUGAUUUUGAAGAAGAGUCAAAUUAUGAAAUGCGAGUGCAUGCAAAAGACGGUGCAGGGUUGGCUUCUCAUACCAAAGUAAUUAUAGAAAUCACUGAUGUGAAUGACAACGCCCCUGAGAUAUUUUUGAAAUCCCUAAGCAGUCCCAUUCAGGAGAAUGUGCUACCUGGCACAGAGGUGGGCAUCAUCAAUGUCCAGGAUAAAGAUUCAGGUGCAAAUCAACAGGUCCGCUGCUCCAUUCAACAAAAUGUUCCAUUCAAGUUAGUCCCCUCCAUCAAAAAUUAUUACGCACUGGUGACUACAGGAGAACUCGACCGUGAGGUGGUGUCUGAAUAUAAUAUCACCAUUAGUGCAACUGAUGAGGGCUCUCUACCGUUGUCGUCCUCGAAAACGGUACAAUUAUCUGUGUCGGACGUUAAUGACAACCCGCCUGCAUUUGAGGAGCAGUCGUACAGCGCCUAUGUGACUGAAAAUAACAAACCCGGCACCUCUGUUAUUUCUGUAAAGGCAAGAGACCCGGACUGGAGGCAGAACGGUACAAUUUUCUAUUCCAUUUUGUCCAGUCAGGUCAGUGGAGUCCCUGUAUCUUCGUUUCUUUCCAUUAAUGGAGACACCGGAGUGAUCCACGCUGUCAGAUCGUUUGAUUAUGAGCAGUUCCGAAGCUUCAAAGUGCAUGUCGUUGCCAGAGACAACGGUUCCCCUCCACUCAGCAGCAACGUGACAGUGAGUGUGUUCAUAACAGAUGAGAAUGAUAACUCUCCACAGAUAUUAUACCCAGCACCGCCAGGGAACACCUUCAUGACCGAGAUGGUCCCCAAAUCUGCUCAUGCGGGCUCUAUACUUUCCAAAGUAAUCGCUGUGGAUGCAGACUCUGGACAGAAUGCCUGGCUGUCAUAUCAGAUCCUGAAAUCUACCGAUCCAGGACUCUUCACCAUUGGUCUCCACAGUGGAGAGAUCAGGGCGCAGCGGGACAUUUCUGAAUCGGACACGAUGAAACAGAACCUUAUCAUCUCAGUGAAGGAUAACGGGCGGCCCCCUCUCUCUACAACAUGCGCCGUAUAUUUGUUGAUUUCAGAUAACUUGGCAGAAGUUCCAGACCUGAAAGAUAUGUCUCAUCAGGAAGAUAACUCCAAAUUAACGUCAUAUUUGAUCAUCGCACUGGUCUCUGUCUCCACCUUUUUCCUUACUUUCAUUAUUCUUAUUGUUUCCAUGAAAUUAUGCCGUAGAAAAAAGCCGAGACUGCUGUUUGACGGCGCAGUGGCCAUACCCAGUGCAUAUUUCCCCCCAAAUUACGCAGAGAUGGAAGGAGCCGGAACCAUGCGCAGUUCUUACAAUUAUGACACGUACUUAACAACUGGCUCGCGCACCAGCGAUUUCAAGUUCCUCAGCUCUUACAACGACGCCACAGUUCCCCCCGGUCAGACCAUGAAACGGAGUCCAGAUGGAGAACUCGACCGCGAGGUUGUGUCUGAAUAUAACAUUACACUUACUGCAACUGAUGAGGGCUCUCCACCAUUGUUGUCCUCAAAAACGGUACAAUUAUCUGUGUCGGACGUCAAUGACAACCCGCCUGCAUUUGAGGAGCAGUCGUACAGCGCCUAUGUGACAGAAAACAACAAACCCGGCACCUCUGUCAUUUCUGUAAAGGCGACAGAUCCAGACUGGAGGCAGAACGGUACAGUUUUCUAUUCCAUUUUGUCCGGUGAAGUCAGUGGAGUCCCUGUGUCUUCGUUUCUUUCCAUUAAUGGAGACACCGGAGUGAUCCACGCUGUCAGAUCGUUUGAUUAUGAGCAGUUCAGAAGCUUCAAAGUGCAGGUCGUUGCCAGAGACAACGGUUCCCCUCCACUCAGCAGCAACGUGACUGCGAGUGUGUUCAUAACAGACGAGAAUGAUAACUCACCACAGAUACUGUAUCCUGCGCCUCUGGGGAAUUCCUUCAUGACCGAGAUGGUUCCCAAAGCUGCUCACUCAGGCUCCAUCGUUUCCAAAGUAAUCGCUGUGGAUGCAGACUCUGGACAGAACGCCUGGCUGUCAUAUCAGAUCCUGAAAUCUACCGAUCCAGGACUCUUCACCAUUGGUCUCCACAGUGAAGUGGAUGGAGCAGGAACCCUGCGCAGUUCUUACAAUUAUGACACGUACUUAACAACUGGAUCCCGCACCAGCGACUUCAAGUUCCUCAGCUCUUAUAACGAUGCCACAAUUCCCUCCGGUCAGACCCUGAAGCGGAGUCCAGAUGAAACGACUGAGAGAAAUGACUUCCCAGACGCUGAAUCUAAAUGCGCAACACUGUCGUACAGCGUCUAUGUUGCUGAAAAUAACAAGCCCGGGUCCUCUGUUAUUUCUGUAAGGGCGAGAGAUCCCGACUGGAGACAGAACGGGACGGUGUUCUAUUCUUUGUUGUCCGGUGAGGUCAAUGGUGUGGCCAUGUCUUCAUUCUUAUCCGUUAACGGAGAUACCGGAGUGAUUCACGCAGUGAGAUCGUUUGAUUAUGAGCAGUUCAGGAGCUUCAAAGUGCAGGUCGUCGCCAGAGAUAACGGUUCCCCUCCUCUCAGCAGCAACGUGACAAUAACUUGGCAGAAGUUCCAGAGUUGA